AUGGCAGCAGCAUUUUGUAUGGGUGCAGUUGGUAUAUGGUCCAUGCACUUUAUUGGGAACAACAGCCUCAAGCUAUCCUAUCAUGAUUCAUCAGAUCAAUACCAGCUUGACUAUUCUCCUGGAUACACGUUUGCCAGCUUAUUUGUCGCCAUCGGAUGCAUGUUUAUCGCAUUCGGAUUUGUUGGCAUCACUGAAAAAGCCCACUAUGUCCGCAUCAUUACCAGCGGAAUUGUAGCCGGUUGUGGUAUUGGCUGUAUGCAUUAUCUAGGCCAAUUUGCCAUCCGCUAUUUUGUUCUUGAAUACGAUCCAGCGUAUGUGGUGGGCGCUAUUCUCAUUGCAUGUGCAGCGGUUACGAUUGCACUCUCCAUCUUUUUCAAACUAAGAGAAAAGUGGGCCAACCAAUGGUACAAACGCCUUGGAUGUGCCAUGCUAAUGGCAGUUGCCGUGACAGGAAUGCAUUACACUGCAAUGGCUGGCACACAAUAUCGCCGCCCUGCACCGGAUGUUGCGCCACCUAUACCCACAAUUACAACAGCAGCUCUCAUUGGCAUCAUUGUUGUCAUUGUUGUACUUGGAUGUUUGAGCUUGCUUUAUUUGACCGUGUUUCGAUAUCGUAAACAUCAACUACCAUUGGGGAUCAAGACAACGAACUUUGAAAAGACACGCAAACGACUACUACUUCAAUUUGUGCUCUUUGAUAGCAAAGGCCAUAUUCUUGUAGAGAAUGAUGGUGUAUUACCAGCAAGACUUGUCAUGGAUCCAUUUGAAUCCUUAGAAGGGGGCGAUCUAUCUGCUAGUCAUCCACUCUUUCUUCGACUCUUUGAAACUACCAAACAAUGGUCACUACAAGAUGACACGCUUUAUAGCGACGAUCCUGCACUACAUGCUUACCUUCAUGCAGCUCAACGCAUUGCUGACGGCUUGAAAUUGGGAUCACUCGCCGAUUUGGGCAUGCUUUUCGACACCGUGAUUCACGCACAACCCACAUCAGGAGAACGUAACUCGCUUCAAAGAACACCUAGUGCAGCACGUCGAAUCUUUUCACGAACGCGAUUAUCAACAGCAGCAGCGUCAGCAGGGAAAAAGUCAUUUUCAGAUAUCGAGAUGCAAAUGGAUAAUAGCAGCAGCAACAGCAACAGCAGCAGCAGCGAUGAUCAGCAUAUAUUCUUGGUGCGUCUCGUAGGCAACGACAAAGACUUACCCGUACGACUUCUUUCUCGAGGAUAUCGAUUUGCCGAUCCAACAUUCAUUGCACGUAUUAUGGGUGCCAAGCUUCGAUUGUCUACGGAUACAAUGCUUGAUCAUUUCCGCGAUAUGCAAUACAUGGCCGAUUUACCAGCAGCACCAACAAUGUGGACAACGCCUUGUACACGUGAGAUGGCAUCAUCACUAUCAAACACGAAUACCGCUCCAUCACAAGUCUAUGUGGGAUUAAUGGUGCUUGUCGAUAAUGGAAACGACUUGGAUGUCAUUGUCGACAAGCAACAGCGCUUUUCAUUCCCUGUUGUACCACUCGAUUACGGCUAUCGAUUAGAACCAUUGGGUGAUGAAGAAAAGGCAUGUGUAGCCAAUUGGCGUGCUUACUCCUUGGAUACCGUAUCCUCCCUUGCAAUCCAUCACGACGCGGAUGAUCCAAUGCGACGUCGUGGACUUGGCACAAUUGGCGGUGGCAACACCACUGACAAUGUCUAUUCGGAUGAUUAUUACUAUUAUGGUAGCCAACGACAUCAACAACAACAAGCACAACAAAUUCAUCGCUUCGUGUUAGCAUUGGGAGAAGCAUGCAAUCAUCUUAUGGAUACAUCAAGCUAUGGUCGAGCACUUGGUUCUAUUGCAAAACUUCAUGGCGAUGUUCUUGAAAUACCUUCUUUUGCAUUGACAGCUGAUUCAUGCGAAUUGAUUCUAUUCCGCGCCUUUGUCAAUCCAUCCACAACAGACCCUGCCGUCAUCCACGCACUAAAGCAACAACCUAUCAAAGGCAUUCCCUUACGUCUCUACAAGUCACUCGCUUGUCAUGUCACCGAUCAAGCAGUAGAAUUAUAUCGACAUGGCCGUAGGAGCGGUGCUACCGAAAAUGUUCAUGAACGCGAAGCGCUUGAUAUGCCCGUCAUGGUGAUGCCUAGUCAAGCACGUUUCCUAUGGCUUGAUCUCAUUGUCGAAGAAACCGUACGAGAACAUGGCAAAUGCUACAAGUUAUAA